AUGCUGGUAAGAUCCAGAGGGAAAUUAGAAGAGCAGCACUCAAUCGAGAUGGCGUAUUACUUCAGAUUCCCUUUGCCCCACGUAGGGGACAUUAAGUUAAAGUCACUGACAGGCCUACCCUCACUUUGCGAUGUAAUGGAUACCGAACUAUCCCGCGUAUCAGAUUUCAGCACGUCGCAGAUCCGUCCCGCCUUCGCUUUGAACUAA